AUAGCAAUAGUAAUUUGAAGUUUCGAUGCGCUUCUCUUUAUUGCGGGCGGUACGGGUUUGCCGUCCACUACAGUACGGCCGCUGCCAGUGGCACUGCAGUGACAGCGACUCCAGGUUCAGGCGACAACGUGAAGACGCGGCGCGCGCAGCCUGAAUCGCAGUGGCGGCAGGUCCAAGUUUGACCGUCAUUUCAAAGCAGCCGCCAAGCCGCCUCAGCGUCGAUGCGUCCUCAGCGACCUACAUCACUCCCCGUUGCCUUCCAACAGCUUCAGACCUCCCUUACCUUUUGAUACCUCUUGCUCUAUCAUCACUUUUUCCGUUCGAGGUUCUUCCCCCAUCCGAAGUUCCUUGAUCCCUCUCCGUCUCUUGUUUGCACUUGUUUUCCCAUCUCCAUAACCAUCGCUUGUUCUGGGGAUCGUAAUCCCGGCAGCGGCCACCUCUUCUCAACCACCGAAUAGCCCGCCAUCUCAGAUCCAUCACUCCUAGACAAAAUGUCUGCGGAACCUGAUCACGCCCACCACAAGGGCAAAGUCAACCUACAUGAUGCCUCCGGCGCCGAGAAGAAAGAUGAGCUCGACACUUCGACCGCCAUCCUGAAGAAAAAGAAGAAGCCAAACUCGUUGAUCGUUACCGACGCCACCAACGAUGACAACUCCAUUAUCGCGUUAUCCAACAACACUAUGGAAACAUUGCAGCUUUUCAGAGGUGACACAGUGCUCGUCAAAGGAAAGAAACGUAAAGAUACUGUCUUGAUCGUUCUCGCCGAUGACGACCUGGACGACGGAAGCGCGCGCAUCAACCGAGUCGUCCGCCACAACCUGAGGGUCAAGCAUGGCGAUAUCAUCACGGUUCACCCGUGUCCCGACAUCAAAUACGCCAAGCGCAUUGCUGUCCUCCCUAUCGCCGAUACCGUUGAAGGCCUCACAGGCUCCCUCUUCGACGUCUUUCUCGCUCCAUACUUCCGUGAAGCAUACCGACCCGUGCGACAGGGCGAUCUUUUCACAGUCCGAGCUAGUAUGCGACAGGUGGAAUUCAAGGUCGUCGAGGUUGACCCGCCUGAGUAUGGCAUAGUUGCGCAAGACACCAUCAUCCACUGCGAGGGUGAUCCGAUUCAACGCGAGGAUGAAGAGGGGAAUCUCAACGAGGUCGGCUACGACGACAUUGGUGGCUGCAGAAAGCAAAUGGCACAAAUCCGGGAACUCGUGGAGUUGCCCCUGCGCCAUCCUCAGUUGUUCAAGUCUAUCGGUAUCAAGCCUCCGCGAGGUAUCCUCAUGUUUGGACCGCCCGGUACCGGUAAGACUUUGAUGGCUCGAGCAGUUGCCAACGAAACCGGCGCCUUCUUCUUCCUGAUCAACGGCCCCGAGAUCAUGUCAAAGAUGGCUGGUGAAUCAGAAUCCAACCUCCGGAAAGCGUUCGAAGAGGCCGAGAAGAACUCUCCAGCCAUCAUCUUCAUUGACGAGAUUGACUCCAUCGCCCCGAAGCGUGAAAAGACCAAUGGUGAAGUGGAGCGAAGAGUCGUCUCGCAACUUCUUACCCUCAUGGAUGGCAUGAAGGCUCGUUCCAACGUCGUGGUCAUGGCCGCCACCAACCGACCCAACUCGAUCGAUCCAGCUCUCCGACGAUUCGGCCGUUUCGACCGUGAGGUUGAUAUCGGUAUCCCCGAUCCGACUGGACGUCUAGAAAUCCUCCAGAUCCACACCAAGAACAUGAAGCUGGCUGAUGAUGUCGACCUUGAAUCGAUCGCCGCCGAGACUCACGGUUAUGUUGGCUCUGAUAUUGCGUCCCUCUGCUCCGAGGCAGCCAUGCAGCAGAUUCGUGAGAAGAUGGAUCUGAUCGAUCUGGAUGAGGACACCAUUGAUGCCGAGGUCUUGGACUCGCUUGGUGUUACCAUGGAGAACUUCCGAUACGCCUUGGGCGUGUCCAACCCAUCAGCACUUCGCGAAGUCGCCGUGGUCGAAGUUCCCAAUGUUCGCUGGGACGACAUUGGUGGUCUCGAGACCGUCAAGCGCGAACUCAUCGAAUCCGUCCAGUAUCCCGUCGAACACCCCGAGAAGUUCCUCAAGUUUGGACUUUCUCCAUCUCGCGGUGUCUUGUUCUACGGACCGCCUGGUACCGGUAAGACUAUGCUUGCCAAAGCCGUCGCCAACGAAUGUGCAGCAAACUUUAUCUCAGUCAAGGGCCCCGAGCUUCUCAGCAUGUGGUUUGGUGAAUCUGAGAGCAACAUUCGAGACAUUUUCGACAAGGCCCGAGCUGCUGCACCUUGCGUGGUCUUCCUUGACGAGCUUGAUUCUAUUGCCAAGUCUCGUGGUGGUUCGGUGGGUGACGCUGGUGGCGCAUCUGACCGUGUUGUCAAUCAGCUUCUGACUGAAAUGGACGGCAUGACCUCGAAGAAGAACGUCUUUGUCAUUGGCGCUACCAACAGACCAGAACAGCUUGACAACGCCCUUUGCCGACCUGGCCGUCUCGAUACCCUUGUCUAUGUUCCUCUUCCCGAUGAAGCAUCUCGCGCUUCUAUUCUGAGAGCUCAGCUCCGCAAGACUCCUGUGGCCCCCGAUGUCGACAUCGAUUACAUUGCGAGCAAGACGCACGGCUUUUCCGGUGCCGAUUUGGGCUUCAUCACUCAACGAGCAGUCAAGCUUGCCAUCAAGGAAUCCAUCAGUGCCGAUAUUGAACGCCAGAAAGAACGUGAAGCGGCCGGUGAGGAUGCCAUGGAAUCCGACGAUGUUGAGGAGGACCCAGUUCCCUGCCUGACCAGAGCUCAUUUCGAGGAGGCCAUGAAGGCUGCUCGCCGGUCAGUCAGUGACGUGGAAAUCCGCCGAUACGAAGCCUUUGCCCAAGCCAUGAAACAGAGCGGCGGCAGCGCUUUCUUCAAAUUCCCGUCUGCCGAGGAGACUGCCAACGCUGCCAACGGCAAUGGCUUUGGUGAGGCUGGCAACGAUGACAGCUUGUACGACUAAUUGCCCGCGGUAGGGGAAGAUCGUACCUUAGCACUCACUGGUUGGACAGUGCCCAGCAUAACGGCCACCUGCAUGUGUCUGAGAGGCGAGGCGCGACGGGUGUACUACCAGCACUUGCGGACGGAGACACAAGGAUCCGGAGUCAGUGGUGGCCAGGUCCCAUCUGCUCAAAUGGUCCACAGAAAUGUAUUUUAAGUCUUAGAGAAUGAAGUCCCGGCAGAAUAGAAUGCUUGAGAGGUCAAUACUGG